GGGCGGGGUCUGUUUCGUCGAGGAGCGCUAGAGAGGAGAACCAAAAUGUCUGCUGUCCAGGUGAUGGCGCAGAGCGGAGCUGGCGGUGCUGCAGACAGAACGCCGUUCUACGGAAUAAAGGUACCGCAGGAGCUGAGGAAGACGGUCCAGCUGGCCAAGAACAUGGACACAGCACUCUUCAAAAAGAUAGUCCAGUGUGUGGCAGAGUACGUAGAGACUGGGUCAGGGUCCCGGGACUGUCUAUCAGGACUGGGAAAACAGACCUCUCCCGAGGAGGACAUCAGGACUGUGUUUGCUGGAGUCCACUGCGUCCUUACCGCUGCUCUCAGAACUCCAAAACUAAAAUCAGCGGUUUUCAAGGAAGACUUGCAGCUCAUCAAAAUGCCUCCUGAGAUGAUAGCUACUCUCAACAGUGUCAUCUUUUCCUCCAAAACCAGGCAGGCGAGACUAGAGCGCUGUCUGCUGCAGCAGAGAGUUAGACUGCCACAGAUGGACACUCUCAGGUGGAGACUGGACGUUGCCAUAUCUAACAGCUCCCUACACCGGGUACUAGAGCCAUCCAUACUAAUGGAGAUGACCCUGUCUGAUGGGACCAUCAAGACUUUUGAGAUACCUGUGAGCAAGUUCCACGAACUACGCUACAGCGUGGCAUACGUUCUCAAGGAAAUGGAGGACUUGGAGAAGAGAAACAUUCUCAAGCUCCAAGACUAGCACCAGGCAGCUGUUUAGCCCUUCUAGAUUGUUUGUGUGAAGCCACUAAAAUACCACUAAACCUUCAACCACACUGCAAGGAAUGUCAACGUGUGCAUAAUGCUCCCAAUUGUGUGCGAAAAUUCCAUUUCUACUUUGAUGUGUGUUACACAAAUACCUUGAUCAAAAAGCGGCAAAGGUGUCAGCUUC